ACGUGUACCGGCCGGGCUGUAAGGGUUUAAGCAUCUCCCAUCCACGAAGGAGGAAGACAACUGCCUACAAAACACUUUAAAAGUCCUCAAACAUAGAAUAGUCAUGGGAGUAACGCAGAGUGUGGAGAUACCGGGAGGUGGCUCUGAAGGUUACCAUGUUCUCCGUGUUCAGGAGAAUUCCCCUGGACAUCGAGCUGGACUGGAACCUUUCUUUGAUUUCAUCGUCUCUAUCAAUAACACCAGACUGAACAAGGACAAUGACACCCUGAAGGACUUGCUGAAGGCCAGCGUGGAAAAGCCAGUAAGGAUGCUGGUUUACUCCUCUAAAACCCUGGAGCUUAGGGAGUCCACUGUCACCCCUAGCAACCUAUGGGGGGGCCAGGGUCUGCUUGGGGUGUCUAUUCGAUUCUGCAGCUUCGAGGGUGCCAAUGAGAAUGUUUGGCAUGUGCUGGAGGUGGAACCUAAUUCCCCUGCAGCGCUGGCUGGCUUGCGGCCGCACACAGAUUACAUCAUAGGAGCUGACACUGUUAUGAAUGAGUCAGAGGACCUCUUCUCUCUGAUAGAGACCCAUGAGGGAAAGGGCCUCAAACUCUAUGUGUACAAUACUGACACUGACAACUGUAGAGAGGUGGUCAUCACGCCCAACAGUGCCUGGGGAGGGGAGGGCAGCUUAGGUUGUGGGAUUGGCUACGGUUACCUCCACAGGAUUCCCACCCGACCCUUUGAAGAGGGGAAGAAAAUCAAUUUCCAUGGAAACACUGCCAGUGAGCCUACCAGUCCGAUAAAGGAUGGGUUCACUGAGGUCCAGCUUUCAGCUGUGACCCCUCCUUCUUCUGUACCUGCUGUCCCCUCUGGCCUAGACGAUUCGAUGUCUGGUCUGUCGAUCAACACUGCCCCGCCUACCAUACCUAGUGAGCUUCAGACAGGUCUACCCACAGUUCCUCUGCUGCCCACCUCUUCCGCUCCCUCCCUCACACCCCUCACUCCACUGAACCCUGCUGCCACCAACUUUAAUUCUGCCACCACACUACCAGGUCUAAUGCCUCUCCCAGGCAGCCUACCCCAACUGCCUAACCUCCCAAACCUCAACUUGACACUCCCAGACCUCAGUGCAGUCUCAUUAGCAGGUAUCAGCAACCUCCCACCACCAGGAAGCACAGCAUUUCCUCCUCUGGCCACUCUACCGCCCCUCAACCUGCCAGGUCUGACCCCCUUACCCCCUCUACCCACUGUCCUAUCCUCCCAGCUUCCUCCUCUUUUGCCCCAGGGAGUGAGCCCAGUCCUGCCCCCUGCUGCAGUCACCCCACCAGGGACAACAUCAACCACUGUCCCCAAGGUCCCGGCUUCUGUCACAGUGCCCUCCCCCGCUGCUGCCACGGAGACUGCCUCCACAGACACCACAGAAUUACAGGCCCCCGUGGAAACACCGCCGCUGUCAUCAUCUUAACAGGAAGGAGAGGUCUUUACUCGCCAUCGAACCAAAACACACAUGGUCUCUCUCUCUCUUUUCCUGUCCGUUGCUCUCCAUGUUUCUUCCUAUUUAUUUGGCCAAGAGGGACAGACAGCUGUGUGGUUGCAGACUAUGGCUAGCCAUAUGCCAGAGGUGGUUUGAGGAGCUCGCAUGAACAUGAAGAACUGAGGACAGAUAUAGAUUUGUCCCACCAAAAUGUCUGCAUGUUCCAGGUCAAGUCUCCUUUUCUCCUUUCUCCAAAUUGAAGCCCCAGCGCUGUGGCUGGUCCAAAGCUACUGUAUGAGAGGGACAAGGUUUCCUUUCUGACUUAUUUGUCUGCUUUACACCUCUGCAGUUACAAGGUGGCAAAGAACUAUCUCUGGAUCAUAUUCCCUUUCUGGUCUGUCAAUCCUUUGAGUUUUACAUGGGCUUUUUUUUUUUUUAAUACAUCAUGUAUUAACUUCACCACUAAUACGUGGACCCCUGACCAGUUUAUUUUAUUUCAUUAUGCCAUUUAUGAAUCUAUUUUUGUUGAAAUUUCUAUAUGAUUGUUUCCACACGAUGAAUGAUUCUGCAUUACUUUGCACCACAUUUGUGUUUUGGGAUUUAUUAUGCAAGUCUGUCCCUGCAGUAUGUCUUAAUAAUACAUUUACACAACUCUAAAAUACCCCUCAGUACUGGGUGUGGAUGGUGACUGCAAAGCCAUGCAUGAAGGGACAGGAGGUCAAAGCUACUCAAGCCACUGAACAGUGUGUAUAAUGUCUGUUGGGUGUCUUAAUAUGUACGGAAAAAAAUAUUGGUGCAAGGUUACAAAAAGGAUAUUACCCUAAGAAUCCUCCUGUCUCUCCUGACAUGGCUGGUGUAAGAGGGAAAACUGUGUUGCAGUGAUGCUGUAAAAGCCACAGGAUGUCACUGUGAGACAACCUUUAAAAUCAUCAAUGUACAGUGCAAGAAAUAAAGCCAAUUCAA